GAGUUUCUAAAUAUAUUAUAAGAUUUCAGUCACAGCACAGUGCAGGACACUGUAGUGAAAUUCAGAGUGAAAUAUAGAAAGUGGUAUGGCGUGGUACGAUUGUUUGCAUGACAACAAUUGUACCACGCCAUCUCAGGCCGAGCUCUGUCAGACUGCAGAGGAGCUGUGCCUUGAGCGGCAGCAGAGGCACGAGCUGGAUCGGCGCAGCCAUGGAGUCCAGCAGCUUGAGAAUCUCAUCCAGUGUCUUAGAGAGCAGUGUCAGAGACAUCUGGACAUGCAGGAGCAGAGCAGCGGGGAGGCCAGGAGGCUACAGUCUCUGCUGGACAAACGGGAUGCAGAGCUGCCACUGAAGCAGCAAGAAGUGCAACGGGGCCGAGCUCAGCUGGAGGAGGCGCACACACAGGUGAUGGCAUUACAGACCGAGGUGGAGCUGCUGAGGCUCAGGCUGGAAGAAGGAAAAAAGAGUGGCGAGUUGCUCAUGAAGCCUCUGGUGGCCCUGCAGAAGGAGAGGAAGAGCCUGAACAAGCAGCUCGAGCAGCUCCGGCUGGACAACCAGCAGCUGAGGUCUGCCCUGCUGGAGGCAGAACUAAGGCUGAGUACUGUGGAACAGGAAAAAAGACAGCAACGGGCAGCCCUGUCAGAAAGAACGAGCAAUCUCCACCAGCUAACUCUGGAGAAACAGCAGGUGACUACUGAGCUGGAGAGCCAGCGCAAGAAGCUAGAUCAACUCAAAGAAGAGCAGGAGGCUUUAAGAGAAGAACACAGCAGGAAAACCGAGGAGCUGCAAUGGCAGAACAGCAAGCUAAAAGCCCAGCGUAAAAACAUCCGAAACAACUUGGAGCAGGCCAAGCGCACCCUCAAAACACUGGAGGGUGCUGAUGAACAUGGUCUAAAGGUUGCCUUGGGCAUACAGAAGCAGAUCACUGCCAAGCGAGAACAGGUUGACUUACUCCAGAGCCAUGUACAGAUGCUGGAGGAGACCACAGAAAAACUCACUCAGGAGAAGAACUAUCAGGUGAUGAAGAGCAAACGUCAAGCACAGGAGCUGCUUUUUGAGAGGGAAAGAAGAAAGAGGCUUGAAACUGAGUUGGAGGCUUACCAUACUAAGGAGAAUCUGCUGAAGAGCGAAAUUGAGCGGCUCGACACAGCUUUGCACAAGAUGUCUGACAGUUUUGCCGAGUGCCAAGACUACAUUCAGAACCAGCAACAGGAGAUCAUGAGGUUGAAACUCCAGCACACUCUAGAGCUGAAGGAGGGCCAGAACUUACGAUCCACAAAUGCUAGAACUUUUGAGCAAGGACAAGACUUACAAGUUACAAACAACAUUCACAGAUCGCCAAUCACCAGCACUACACCUCCAGCACAAGUGCCCUUUCAAGCUCAUGCUGCCAGCCAGUUAAGCAUUAGUAGCCAGAAGUGUAGCCCCGUUCUGGAGCUGCGGAGCCUGGUUAAAGAGCUACGCAGUGUGAUCGAUAUGGAGCGGAGCCCUGAUACCAGCUACACCAGUUCCAGGAGCUUUGCAGAAACACACAGCAGCAGGAAAUCAGCUGCGACUGAAAUGCAGUAUUUAUGCAGAGAUGAAGUGACUGAGAACGCCGAAGGUGAAAGCAGGAAGACGAGGCCAAGUACCAAUUACAAUGAGCAAGAUCCUGGCCGAGGCCCUAACUUCAUUAAACAGGACGUGAACGAUGCUUUUUCAGCUAACAAUGAAGCUGGACUGAGAGCAGGUCGGUCUUGCUACACUUCAUUUUGUGUAGCAGCACUGGGGCGGAGGUCUCCGGUACACUCCCUCCUGACCUCUGACCUUCGUACCGAUAUCCAUAGCAGCCUCAAAACACAAAGCCCUGUCCUUACUCUGCAAACAUCUGCCUUUAAGCAAGCUGAAAUACCACGGCAGACAUGCAAGAAACAGCAGAGCACAUUAGAGUGUCUUCAGAACAAAGCAGAGGAUCAUCAGAUAAAGAAUCAAGAAAUGUCCUCGAUGAUAAAAAGCCAGGAAAGGAUGAGGAGGAGGAUCAAAGAGAGAAAAACACUCAACAAAGAUAAGCUUCUAGACCAGACAGGAGACCAAAGAAUUAAUAUCCAAAGCAAAUAAAUGUUUUGUUUUUUUUUAACAUAUAAAAAUAGAAUAUGAACCUGAAAAAUGACUACAUUGUAUCUGACAAAAUGGCAUUUAGACUCAUAAUUUAAAUAAAGGAUAUU